AUGGAUUGGAUGCAUAUUUACAUCGCCACGGCGGCCUUGUCCGUCUUUGCUCUCGUGGCGCUCGUUCUCUUGCUGUCGCAACAACGGGUCAAGGUCGCUAAUACGUGGGCGGGACCGUACCUCAAGUUCAUUUGGGCCAACUUUAUCAAACCCCAUGACAAGAAGGCUGGGGAUCAGCAGGAUGCUUUGGAGAGCUUCUACAAGACUCAGGCUGCCGUGUACGAUGCUACCCGUCGUCGUCUUCUCUGUGGUCGGGAGGACAUGCUCGGUCUUGUGGCGGCGCAGUUGAAGCACAAGGUUGGAACUAAGGAUAUCAAGAAUGGAAAGGCAGUUUGGGUGGAUGUUGGUGGCGGCACUGGAUACAAUAUUGAGGCGAUGGCGACUUUCCUUCCCGUGGACAAAUUCUUCGAGCAAGUGUACCUGGUCGAUCUUUCUCCGUCGCUCUGUGAAGUUGCCCGCCAGCGGUUCGAGCGUCUUGGGUGGAAGAAUGUCACUGUUCUGUGCCAGGAUGCUCGGUCAUUCCGUCUUCCGGAGAGGGUUGUUGAUCCUCGCUCUGUGAAUGUAAAUGCAAAUGAUGCGGUCGACUUGGUUACUAUGAGCUACAGUCUAUCCAUGAUUCCUGAUUAUUACAGCGUUGUCGAUUCAUUGACCUCUCGCCUGAAAUCGACUGGCAUUCUGGGUGUCUGUGAUUUCUAUGUUCAAAGCAUUGUGGAUGUUUCCUGUCGCAAUUACACUGGUGGUGCCUUCAACCGUCAUGUGAAUUGGCUCGGACGUGUUUUCUGGAGAGCCUGGUUCGAUUUCGAUCGUGUCAGUCUCGAGGCUGCUCGUCGUGACUACCUCGAGUACAAGUUUGGAACCGUCAUUUCUGCCAGUGAGCGUAACUACCUUCUUGGUGGUAUUCCAUACUACAUCUUUGUCGGCUGCCCUAAGGAAAUUCAAUCUACCCCGUCGAGCCAGUCAAUUGAGAAGUUGGAUGCCUCUUUCACCGAGUCUCCCUACCUGCUUCCUGCCAAUCACAAGCAGGAAAUGGACCAGGCAGUUGUGAGCAGCUCGCAGGAGAUCCGGUCUAAGGCGUAUGAGUCUGCAGUCAUUAACUUGAGUGCAAACCUGCCGCUUCCAUCGUCAUUCUACCAGAACCAGCAUUACCGCAUUCACUACAACGACAUGCUUCCCAAGCACACCCAGUUCCAAAAUGAGUACAUUUACGCAUUCACCUGGGAGGACCCCCGGGUUGACCACCGACUUUUGAACAUUGGCAAAGACGAUGUCAUUCUCGCUAUCACAAGUGCCGGUGAUAAUAUCCUCGACUACCUACAGAAGAGUCCCCGUCGGGUUCAUGCCGUGGACCUGAAUCCUAACCAGAACCAUCUCCUUGAGCUGAAGGUUGCCAGCUACACAGCCCUCGGCCACCGGGACAUGUGGAAGAUCUUCGGUGAGGGCAAGCACCCGCAAUUCCGCGAGCUGCUCAUCUCCAAGCUCAGUCCCCAUCUCUCCAGCCAAGCUUUCCAAUACUGGCUCGAGCAUACUCACACCUUCACUUCCACUUCUGGCCACGGUCUCUACGAGACUGGUGGCUCCCGUCAUGCGAUUCGCAUGGUCCGCUGGCUCUUCAAUAUAUUCGGACUGCAGGGCGAAGUCCGCAAGAUGUGUGAAGCACAAACUCUCGCCGAGCAACGUGAAAUCUGGCCUCGCAUCCGCCGCGUUCUCAUGAGCCGGCCUCUGCACUGGGCUAUUGUCAGUACUGAGUGGUUUGCCUGGAAGGCAGCGGGUGUGCCUCGCAACCAGCGAAACAUGAUUGUAGAUGACUUCUUCCGUCGCAAUGGUUUGACCGAGGAUAUGAAGAUCGGAAAGGAUAUCAGUGGCCAGUCCAUCUGGGAGUAUGUUGUCAACACGCUCGACCCCGUCAUCAAUGAUACUCUCAUCAGCAACGACAACUACUUCUACUUCCUUUGUGUCCAGGGCAAAUUCUCUCGGAGAUGCCACCCUACCUACCUAUCUCCUCAGGCACAUGUCAAGCUUUCUACGCCCGGUGCAUUCGAUGGUCUGCGCAUCCACACUGAUGAGAUCAACGAAGUGAUCAACCGUAUCACCCCAGGAACCCUAACCAUCGCCGUGGUCAUGGACUCCAUGGACUGGUUCGACCCCAGCGGAGACGCAGCCCCCGCCCAAGCCCGUACAUUCAACCACGCUUUGAAGAAGGGCGGCCGCAUCCUCCUCCGCUCAGCAAGUAUCGAUCCCUGGUACAUCAAGCACUUUGAAGAGAACGGAUUCUCCGCUCGUCGCGUGGGAGCCCGCUUCCCAGGCACAUGCAUUGACCGUGUGAACAUGUACGCCUCCACCUGGAUCUGCACCAAGACCGAAGACAUCUCCCGACCAAAGAACCAGCGCACCAUGUCCGCCCUCUCCUUGCCUGACAGCGCCAUCCCUACAGCCAAGCGAUCUGGCAGCGUGGAGGACUUGGACUUGGACCUGAAGCUUUGA